CAUCCCAUAUACCCUUCCUGCCUCAUGUUUUCACAGCUGCUGCGAAGCCUCUUCAGUCGCUGCAAGCCCUGAUAUUAACUGCACUUGUCACAGAGCUGGAUAGAAAAUGCGAAAGGGAGAAAGCUGCGUUUUCAGCCCGUCCCUUGCUGUUUCUUUGCCUGAUGCCCAGAUGUGAUGUUUGGAAUGCCAGCCAACGUGUAUCAGACCUGGAUGCAAAAAUGUAAAACGUGAAUAAAGGAUGUCCUCGCAGUGCAACAUCCUUAGAGAAACUGGAUAUAUUCAACAUCACCCUGAACAAAAAAAUAAAAACAGAUUGUCUGCUUGGGCUCAAUGCAGUCAACCUACUGGAAGGAUUUUAGUCUGCUUCAUGGAGUCAGAGGACAUUACCUGGUUUUGAAACACACACUUUUUAAGAACAUGAUUCAAAAAAACAUUCUGGAAAUUUUGAAAUGAACAUAAAACUACUCAGAUAAACAACAGUAAACAAGUGACUUAUUUUCCCGGCUUUGGGAUGUUCAACCAAAACAGUAUGGGAAAUGGGACCAUCAGAGCCACUAGAAGAGAGGACAGCUGUCUCUCUUCUAGAAGGAGAGAGCAUUCUUCUUCGGCCUUCAGCAAACUGCAAGAGACUGUACUGCUUUUAGAAGAGGAGCUAAAACAAAGAUGGAAAGAGCUCCAAGAAAAGGAUGAUAAAAUCAGACAGCUUGAGAAGGAAUUAGAAAUGAAGUCUAUCCAGAUAGACAAGCUGCAAGAUGCUAUUGGGUACAAUAACAUCCAGCUGUCCCCAAAGGGUAGUCAGAAAAAGAAAUUGCUAAGUGUCAUAAACCAAGGGCCAGCCCAGUGCAACGAGAAGGCUACUGAGGCCCACAGACGGCAGAAGGCAAAGGAAGGAGUCUCAGCAGAGCCAACGUCACGUCAUUAUUACAAUCCUUCAUCACAGAAUCCUGCAGUCACAUGUGUCCGUAAAGAUUCCAGUGCCAAGAAAUUAAUCACUGGUGCAAUUAUGAGUAAUGACUUCUUGAGGCAGCUUGAGGCUUCACAUGUCAGGCGAAUGGUGGACUGUAUGUAUGAACGGAUAUAUAGUCAAUCGCAGCUGGUUAUUCAGGAAGGCGCAGCAGGAAACCAUCUCUAUGUUUUGGCAGAGGGCUUGCUUGAUGUGAUUCAGAACGGCAGACUACUUGGACAAAUGCAUCCAGGGACCGCAUUUGGUGAACUCGCAAUAUUGUAUAACUGUAAGAGAACAGCUACAGUCAAAGCUGUUAAAGACUCUAAAAUAUGGGUGCUGGACAGGCAGGUUUUCCAAAGUAUUAUGAUGAGUUCAGCACAGGCACAGCAUCAAGAAUAUUUCAGCUUCCUACGCAGUGUUUCUCUUCUGAAAGACUUACCCGAAGAAAAACUGUCGAAGAUAGUAGACUGCUUGGAAGUGGACUUUUAUGACAAGGGAGACUAUAUUAUCAGAGAAGGGGAGGAGGGCAACACAUUCUUCAUCAUUGCCAAAGGAAAGGUGUGUGUAACUCAAGCUGUGGAGGGAUCUCAGGAACCACAAGAAAUCAAAACCCUAGGAGUUGGAGACUACUUUGGGGAAAAAGCAUUAAUUAGCGAGGAUGUCCGCUCUGCCAACAUCAUAGCUGAAGAGGAUGACACACAGUGCCUUGUGAUUGACAGAGAUACUUUCAAUCAAAUGGUUGGGACAUACCAAGAGCUGCAGACAUACCUUCGGGAAUAUGUGUUCCAGCUUGCACUCAAUGACCACGACAGAAGAAAUGCAAGGCGAAAAAGCCUUCAUCAUUCAAUGUCUCGGGAUAAUUCAGAGGUCAACCAGCUGCGGGAAUUGGUUUCCAGAUUCUCUAGCACGUCCCCGUUUCGCUAUUUAGAUGUUAUUACAACUCUAGGAACAGGAGGAUUUGGACGUGUUGAACUGGUGAAACUGAAAGAUGAAGACAUGACUUUUGCACUAAAGUGUAUUAAGAAGAAACAUAUUGUAGACACUCAUCAACAGGAACAUGUAUAUUGGGAAAAGAACAUUUUACAGCAGAUUAACUGUCCAUUCAUCAUCAGGCUCUACAGAACUUUCAGGGAUGCCAAGUAUGUUUACAUGCUGCUGGAGGUAUGUCUUGGGGGAGAGCUCUGGACUAUUCUCAGAGACACGGGCUCCUUCGAGGAAGGCACUGCUAGAUUCUGCAUUGGCUGUGUUCUCGAGGCCUUUGAUUACCUGCACAAUCGAGGAAUUGUCUACAGAGACCUCAAACCUGAAAACCUUCUUCUGGAUUCUGAAGGAUAUAUAAAGAUGGUGGACUUUGGGUUUGCAAAAAAGAUUGGGGCAGGAAAGAAAACUUGGACGUUCUGUGGAACCCCUGAAUAUGUGGCCCCUGAAAUUAUCAUGAACAGAGGGCAUGACUUUGGGGCAGAUUACUGGUCUCUUGGAAUACUCAUCUACGAGCUACUGACAGGAAGCCCUCCAUUUUCCGGAACAGAUCCCAUCAAAAUUUAUAACAUGGUGUUGAAAGGAAUUGAGAAGGUAGACUUCCCACAUCGCGUCGGACGGCGGUCUGAGGACCUAAUCCGUAGGCUGUGCAGAAUUAAUCCAGCAGAACGACUUGGAAAUCGGAAAAAUGGCAUCAGUGACAUUAGAAAACACAAGUGGUUCCAAGGAUUUAAUUGGGAGGGCUUGCGAAAUCGCAAAUUGAUCUCGCCACUGAAAAGAGAGAUCAAAGGGAUCACAGAUCACAGUUACUUUGACUCUUUCUUACCUGAAGCUGAAGACCCACCAGAUGAACUUUCAGGAUGGGACAAAAACUUCUGAAGAGAUAUGCUGUGACUAUUUUGUAACUCUGAUAUCCCUGUUUACAACACACAGUGGAUCUAGAUCUGAGAACAGCAAAAACUUACAGCACCAGUUGAACAACUCAUAUUUCAAACAAAUCCAGCAUUAGUAAGACUACAUGAAGAAUGAGCUUAGCAAAAAGAACAUAGCUAUUUUUCAUCUCAGACUAGAGUAAACAUUCUAUGGUGGCAUCAUAAGACAUACCAACAUCAUUUCUUCCCACCUCAUUUAAUAUGAUUGCCCAGUGAUGCUUCUAGAAAUGCACUGCCAUAUAAAAGGCAGCCAUUUUGUUAAGUAAUGCUAGAAGAGUAUUUCUCAGGAGUGCUUUUUAACCUCACUUUUACACAUACAAACCAUUAGGAUACAUUAAAUAUUGCUUAUUUGCCUCUUCUGCUUUUAGUAUGAGGAGCCCGUGUUUUAAACAACUUUGGUGAUCUACAAAUGCUAAUGACCUUUUUUGAAUGUAUGUAAGUCAUUUAUAAUUUCCACAAAAUUUAAAGCCUAUAAUUUAUAGGGAACUGACAACCGCUAACUUACCUUAUACAUAAACCUUACAGUAUGGAGUAGUGAUGACACACAUCAGUUUUUGCAUUUAUACUGUGCCAUUUCAAGGUUUACAUUUUGGUCUGUGCCAAUAAUGGUGUGUUCUUAUUCUUAGAGAACAUUACUUGCUUCUUUUGGUUACCAAUUGCAUUUUCCAUGUAAAUUAUACCCUUGGCAUAAAUCUGCUAAAACAAUUUCAGGGUUUUUAAUGAAAACUUUAGUUCCAUAUUAAAUUUACUACAGUUGUUUGCUGUAUGAGCAAAGUUACUAUUGCUCUCUGUCUUUUUGACGUCAACAGUUCAAAGGGCCCUCUAGGGGUGACUGGGUUCUUUUUAAUGUUGUUGCGUUCAUAGCCUAUAGCCCAUCAUCAUGGAUGAGCAGAACCAUCUGUUGACUUCAAGUAGAACCAAAUGUUUUGUUUAUUCUGCAGUCACAACACAACACGUGUCUCAGGUUUGUUUCAUUGUGUGGUAGAAGUGUUUAUGAAUGUGCCUUUUCUAGAUGGGGCUGAGGCACAGACUAAUGCCUGUGUAAUAUGAAAUAUUGUGUACAUAAAGGUCUGGUAAAUGUCAGACAUAUAUUUGCUUUAACUAAAUCAAUGUAUCACAAAAA